UCUUGUUGACUCAUAGAAGCUGUGUUCAUACAAUAGUCGGCAAUGGGCAGUAUUUUUCAGAGAUUUUAAGAGCACAUCUCCUGCUGUUUAUUUCACGUUGUAGCUGGAGCUGGAGUAUGAAAGAAACAGUUUUAAGUUUCUGAGAUAUUGCAAAAGAUAGUUCCUCCUCUCAUCCUGGAAAAUCCUGACAGACCAGUUGAAUACCUUUCAGGCCUUAACCAAGAACUUUAUCUGCUCGUCCCACUGUAUUUUUUUGCAUUAGAAAGGCCUGAUACAUCCUUAAGAACUGAGAUUCUGACUAAUUUAAACAGAUGGCUAAUCCCAAUGCUGUCUGCAAUGGACAUCUACAUCAUCAUCAUCAGAAACAGAAUAACCUCUUGAAAAGCGGAAUCUAUAAGAAAAAUGGAAUUACGAAAGGAAUUAAGAAUGGAGUAUCAAAUGGAACUCUGCACAAAAAAACAUUUAUUGAACACUUUGAACAGGCACCAAUGUAUGUGACUGUUCUUACUUUCCUGGGUUUUGGAGUGGGAACAGUAUUUGGCUACCUGCGAGAUUUUAUGAGAGCCUGGGGAAUAGAAAAACGUAACAUUGCUGCAGAGAGACAACAACAAAAAGAUUUUGUGCCACUUUAUCAAGAUUUUGAGAACUUUUACACCAGAAACCUCUAUAUGAGAAUACGAGAUAACUGGAAUCGUCCAAUUUGCAGUGUCCCAGGGCCGCAGUUUGACCUCCUGGAGCGCGUUACAGAUGAUUACAACUGGACAUUUAGGUUUACAGGAAGGAUUAUCAAGAAUGUGAUCAAUAUGGGUUCUUAUAACUACCUCGGCUUUGCAGAAACGGAUGUUAAUGCUUUGAAAACUGUGACCAUAGAGUUGCAAAAAUAUGGGACAGGAGUCUGCAGUACCAGACAGGAAAUGGGCACUCUAGACAAACAUGUAGAACUAGAGAAACUUGUGGCCAAGUUCCUUGGUGUGGAAGAUGCUAUGGUGUUUGGCAUGGGCUUUGCAACUAACUCAAUGAAUAUUCCAGCCCUUGUUGGGAAGGGCUGCCUCAUUUUAAGUGAUGAGUUGAACCACACUUCUCUCAUUCUUGGUGCGAGGCUUUCAGGUGCUACUAUUAGAACCUUCAAGCAUAAUAAUAUGCAAAGCCUUGAGAAGUUGCUGAGGGAUGCAAUAAUAUAUGGACAGCCUCGAAGCCAUAGAGCAUGGAGAAAAAUUAUCAUCCUCGUAGAGGGCAUUUACAGCAUGGAAGGAUCUAUUGUACGCCUGCCAGAGAUAGUAUCCUUGAAGAAGAAAUACAAAGCUUACCUCUACUUGGACGAAGCUCACAGCAUCGGUGCAGUGGGUGCAACAGGCCGAGGAGUUGUAGAAUACUUCGGUAUGAGCCCUGACGAUGUUGAUGUAUUAAUGGGAACAUUCACAAAGAGCUUUGGCGCAGCUGGAGGAUACAUAGCUGGCAAAAAGGACCUUGUGGACUUUUUACGAACUCAUUCUCACAGCGCUGUGUAUGCCACGUCUAUGUGUCCACCUGUAGCAGAGCAAAUCAUCAGGGCAAUGAAAUGUCUCAUGGGUCUAGACGGGACAACACAAGGACUGCAAAGAGUGCGCCAGCUAGGGAAAAACACAAGAUACUUCAGGCGAAGACUGCAUGAAAUGGGCUUCAUCAUUUAUGGCAAUGAUGAUUCUCCUGUUGUCCCCUUACUCCUUUACAUGCCUGGUAAGAUAGGGGCUUUUGCAAGACGCAUGUUAGAAAAAAAUAUUGGGGUCGUUGUGGUUGGGUUUCCAGCUACUCCUAUCACAGAAUCCAGGGCUCGGUUUUGUGUAUCAGCUGCGCAUACACGGGAGAUGUUAGACAUGGUUUUGAAUGCUCUGGAUGAAUUGGGUGACUUUCUACAUCUGAAAUAUUCCCGGUAUUCCAAGUCAUCUCAUCCCGAACUGUACGAAGACACUAGACUUGAAGAUUAAAUUUUCCACCCAUGAAGAGAACAUUAUAAUGCUAUGAACUGGGGGAAACCCGAAAACUAAAAAAUAAGAAUGCGUAUCUUCCCUUCGAAGGACAAUUUUUGUUUCUCAGUUAACUGAAAAGAGGGGAAGCUCAAGUGUUGCAUUUUAUUGUAUCAAAUUCCUGUAUUCAAGAGACUGAUAUAUUGAUACAGAUUUGCCUCCCCAGGAGAUCUGUCCUUCUUCCGGUUCUUUUGAUGCAGAACGAGUGCAUCUAUUGAUCAAGUUGCUAACACACAGCUUUUGUUAUGGCCCCUUCUUAUGAAGAGGCUUCGGAUAGUCUUAAUUAUGACUGAAAUAAUAAAGUUUAAAAAGUUAAUGUAUUACAGUGUAGUAUGGUAAUAUAGCUGAGUUUCAUCUGUGAGAUUGACUUCUCUCUGUUAAAGGGCAUAAAUCAAGACAUGGGUAGAGACUGCUACAGAGGAAUGAGCAGAAAGUAACUUCUUUAACUAAGUUGCCCUAUCACGCAUUUCUCCAAGGGCACAAAGAGUUAGAAGGCAGCUAACAUGAACAAGACAAGUAGUCUGAUCAGAUCAUAUAUUUCUGACAGCAAAUUAUGGGAAAGAGGAAAUGCCUCCUCCUCUCCACAGACCCUUUCUUGGUUGCUAAAAUACACUAUAAGCUUCUUAACGUACAAAAAUUUUGGCUUAGACAUAAACAGAAAUACUUUUUUGCUAAUGCAUUUGACCUACAGCCCUUCACAUCUUAUCACAACGUAAGUUCUUCAGCAGGCUUGCUCCCUUUUCAUGUAGUGGUAGUAAAUAAUUUUAAUAACCAUUUAAUUUUCCCGUAAAAACCUUGAUCAAAACAGUCAGAUACUAGCAGUUCACAAACUGCAGAUGACAUUUAUGGGCUCAUUUCUAAGUUUCUUGAACUACUUACGGGCUUAAUAAAUUCACUAACAAGUACAUAAUGCUGAAGUUGUUACUUAUACAGAAUGCGAAGUUCAAGCAGUUCUGCCACCUGUUAAAGUGAAAACUCUGCUAUGUCUAAAUAUGUUAGUCAUCCACUUAAUAACAUUUCUUGAAAUAUUCUUGUCUGGUUUAUAUAUUUCAGGAGUUGUUUUACUUGUUUAGAUGCAGACUGUUGUGAGCAGUUUAUUUUUUGAAUAAUUGAUAAUGCCAUCUGAGAGCGAAGAUAUCCCCUGUUCCAUUGCCUGAGUCAUACAUGUUCAAAGAUACUUGAAGGAAUUGUUACAGUCAGCAGUUUCCUUGCAAUGUCUGCAGCAGCAUUAUUGUCAGACUUAUGUGGGCUAAGUUCUUUGAAGGACACUGGAGGCAUUUUCUUCUUUUUGCAGUGUUGAAAAUUGGUUCUGCAGCUUUAAGAAUGAACUCCAAACCAUUCCACGCUAUCAAAUGUCAUUGUAAACACAUCAGAUGAGAGAUGUUUAGCUUUCUGUUGCACAGAUGUACCACACUUUCAUGUUCCCUUGAAAGCUGUGGUGUAAACUUAACCCACAGCUGCAAUAUUAGAUUUAAGAACAGAACAAUUAAAUUGCGGAGUACCAAUUACACUAUAUUACUCCCUGCUUGUUAAAGCAGCUUUCAGGAUAUAACGAGGCUGA